CUCAAGUUUGCCUCUGCCUGAAAAGCACCCCUCCUCUACCUUAUUUCACUUUUUUAGCUGCCUACCCCCCGCCCUCCAUUUCCCCUCAAGCUCACUCUGUGCGACUCAGUGACUACCACUUUUCUGCGAGGGCACCGCCUCCAUUUUCUCACUGGCUCUUUCGUUCCCUCAUCCCUGACGCUGAGCCCUCCUUUCCUUUCCCCACCCCUAUCUUUCUUCACUGAAUAUCUCUUCAUUGCUGGCUGCACAGUCUGCUCAUAGCCAAAGGACCCCUCUCACACUGAUCCAAGCUUUAAACCUGACCUUUUCCCUGGAAAACUCAGACAUUGCUCCAGAGGACCUUAUUGCUCAAACCUAAAGGUAAUCCUGCUCCAAAUCCUUUAACCAAAGGAGAGGUGUGACACUCAGGAGCAACAGGACUUGAACCUGGUCAUCAGCGCAUCUGUAGUGUUUCCAUCACUGCGAAGGCCUGCUUGUGAACAGCAGCUCUGCGGAUUCCAGCCACAAAUAUGACUCAAAGCAAUGGAGAGAAUCCACAGAGGAGCCGCAGUGGUCUUCACCAAAUCCGAGCCGGGAUCCAGUCCAGGUCGCUGCUCGCCAAGAAGAGAGUGGAGAAUAUCAAGAAGGACGAAGUGAAGGGGUUCUUCAUGAAAAAUGCUUUUGUCAUUCUAACCAUCACUGCUGUUAUCACAGGUAUAAUCCUGGGAUUUUCUCUGCGUCCAUACAAACUGUCUUACCGUGAAGUGAAGUACUUCUCCUUUCCUGGAGAGCUGCUGAUGAGAAUGCUCCAGAUGCUGGUGCUGCCAUUGCUGGUCUCGAGUCUUAUCACAGGUAUCGCCUCUCUGGAUAGACGGGCUUCUGGUAGGAUGGGCGUGAGGGCAGUGAUCUACUACACCACCACAACUGUGAUUGCUGUGUUCAUCGGUAUAGUCAUGGUGCUUAUUAUUCACCCUGGAAAGGGAUCCAAGGACGAGUUCACCAAGCAGCAACAGAUAGAGCAGGUCAGCCCUGCUGAUGCCUUUCUGGAUCUUAUCAGAAAUAUGUUUCCUCCAAACCUUGUGGAAGCUUGCACCAAACAGUUCAAGACGCAUUAUGCCAAGAGAGUGAUCCAUGUAACUGUUACGGUGAACGACACAAUAUUCCUCCAAAAUGGCAGCCAGCAAAUAGCCCAAGAGGAGAUGAUUCCAGUGCCAGGAUCAGUGAAUGGGAUUAACGCCCUGGGCUUGGUGGUGUUCUCCUUGUGCUUUGGUCUGAUCAUUGGGAACAUGAGGGAACAAGGACAACCCCUCAGAGACUUCUUUGACUGCCUCAAUGAGGCCAUCAUGAGGCUGGUCGCCAUCAUAAUGUGGUAUGCCCCUGUUGGUAUUUUGUUCCUCAUUGCUGGUAAAAUUGUGGAGAUGGAUGACAUUUCAGCCAUGGGCGGCCAGCUGGGAAUGUAUACAGUAACCGUCAUUAGUGGCCUGCUCAUCCACGCCAUCAUAGUCCUCCCAACGCUCUACUUCAUUAUCACCAGAAAGAAUCCCUUUCUAUUCAUUGCUGGGCUGCUGCAAGCACUUGUUACUGCCCUUGGAACAUCUUCUAGCUCUGCCACAUUACCCAUCACUUUUAAAUGCCUGGAGGAAAACAACAAGGUAGAUAAGCGCGUGACCCGUUUUGUUCUCCCUGUCGGAGCCACCAUAAAUAUGGAUGGAACAGCUUUAUACGAGGCCCUGGCAGCCAUCUUUAUUGCACAGGUCAAUGAUUAUGACCUUAACUUUGGACAGAUUCUCACCAUCAGUAUCACAGCCACGGCAGCCAGCAUCGGUGCAGCUGGAAUACCUCAGGCAGGCCUGGUUACCAUGAUCAUAGUGCUAACAUCUGUAGGUCUUCCCACAGACGACAUCUCACUGAUCAUUGCUGUUGACUGGUUCCUUGAUCGAUUGCGCACCACCACCAACGUCCUUGGUGACUCCAUCGGAGCUGGCAUCGUAGAACAUUUGUCUCGCCACGAGUUGAGAGUCAAUGACCUAGAGUUGGGCAACCAGAUGGUUGACCAGCCAGAGAAAAAGCCAUACCAUCUAAUUUCCCCAGAGAACGAAUAUGAGAAUGAGAAGCCCACUCCAGAUGACACUAAAAUGUAGUGGCAAGAUUUCUACCCUUUCUCUGAUAAGACCUCUUGAAUUCCCUCAAGAAAGGGUUUUUUUUUGUUUUGUUUUUUUUUAAUGCAAUUAUAUGUCCUGCCUGAACAUAUUUCAGGCCAAAUAAGCUCCACUAAUGUGUGACGCUCCUCUUUACUCCCUGGAGACUGGAAACAAUCUAUGGUCAUGUUGGCUGUUCUGAUGGAUACACUGUAAAAAAAAAAAAAAAAGUCUCUAAUUUAUGGUAAAAUACUGGCAACUAAACUUUAACCACCGUUGCUGGUAUUUUACCAUAAAUUAGAGACUUUUUUUUUUACAGUGUAGGACAAAGAUCCAUCCUGAGAUACAUAACUAAUGUAGCCUGGCUGCUAUUAGCUCUCUGUGGUCUUCAUUCCAUAUUUUCUACUUCGCUAGAUGUAAUGACCAACAUCAUUCACUAUAGGGAGGUAUUUCUGUUAUUUUAAACACUUAAACGCAGCUCAUCAGAGUACAUAGUAAUGACUGCUUUGAGAUUGAGGCUUUUUGUUGUUGAGUAACUGCUGAUUUAUGUGAAACCUUAACAUAUAGUUAUACUACUCUAGGUAAACUAAUGAAAUAUGUCAAAUAUCAUUCAAAUAGAAUGGUUUACCAAACUCUUUGUUGCAAAUGGGGUUUUUUCAAACCCCUGCACAAGCACAAGUGGCUUUAACUGCUUUGUACAUAAUUUAGAUUUAUUAGGGUAUGGUAUGUUCUACAAUUAGGAAUAUAUUGUUUUGGGUCUCAACUGACCAAAGCAGUAAGUGUAGCUGUAGUAGUAAUAGAAACUAUAUAUAUUUUUUGUACACAUAACCGGAAUAAGAUAUUGUCAAAUAUCCUAUGAGUGUGUUUUUGUUAUACAGCUUCCUCAACCAGUGGUUAUAGUCAAGUAGUACAAUUAAACAGCCUUUAAUAUUCAAGGUCAAUUUACCUGACUUUGCUUAGGAUGUGAUGGAUUAACCCAAGAGGUAAAGCCAUUCAUUUUUAACCAAAACUAAAACUGGGAAAAAAAGCAUAAUUUUAAUCUAAUUUUACUCAAACAUGUAAACAAUCCAAAGACUACAGUGAUGUUUUGUAGAAAACAUCUUUAAGCUUUUAUUUCUCGCAUACAAGAACAUGAAAUUUUGGGGCAUUUAAAAGAUGAAAACUGUUUUUAUAUGUGAUAAUAUGAUGCAACAUAAAUGCAUGAAAGUUUCACCAGAUUUGGAUAGUUUUAAAUAGCAAACAGAUGACAGAAUAUAAAAGAUUUUAUUCUGUGUUGCAUCGACUUUUUGUUUCUCAGCAAAAGCUGAUACUGAUUUUGUCGGAUUUAACUAUGCUCCCUGUUAAACACAUUCAUUUUCAACUGCAUUUUUAAUUUGUCUGGCUUGCUGUUUCUUUAUCAACUUAUUGAAUAUAUGGAUUUGCAUUUUCAUAGUAGAUAUUUUGUAUAGAAGAUUAUUUCAGAAAUAGUGUAUUUUUAUGAAGACCUGUAGAUAAAUAUGUAAAAGAAUUUUGGAUUCAAAUUGCAAUGUAUGUGUUUCCUGAGGACUGUAUGUAACUACAUUCUUCUUUAGCUUUACGACCAAUCUGUAAUUACACAUUUAUGGGAAUUGAAAGGUUAAUUUGUUUACAGUUGCUGGUGACUCAUUUGGUACAAAUGCUUCUUCUCAUGCAUUCACAUGCAAACAUAUUUGAUUAAAUAGCUGUAGUUUUGAUUUGCAUGAAAUAUUUUUAUUAAAAAAAUAAAUGAGCCAAUCA